AAGAAACAUAUCUCAAUCUCGUUAUUUACCUAUUACAAUGGAAUAUUUUAUCGAUCAAGAAAAACAUUUCUGUUUAAUUCUUUUGUAUACAUAUAUAACCUUUUGCAUAGGAGUAACUGCAAUGGUAGCGAUAGGAACGAUGCUUAUAGCAUAUCUUCAACAUACCUGUGGAAUGCUUAGCAUCUCACGUUAUCGUAUUAAUCGCGCAAUGAGAUUUAAUAUGCUGAAAACUGAGAAAUUUAUAUUCGAAGAAAUAUUUCAUGCUAUAGAUAUUCAUCGACAAGCUAUGAGAUUGUCUGAACUGUUGGCAUCCAAUUUUGAGAUAAUGCUGUUCUUCUUAAUAAUAUUUGGAGUUACAUCUAUGAGUCUCAACCUCUUGCAAGAGCGACGAUUCGGGGCCUUCCUGGCCGAGGCCAGUCCAACCCUUUCUCGUCCCACCAUGGAUGGCCCGGUUUCCACGGGUGUGACGGAUUCCAUGCCUAGCGCUUCGCCGCCCGGAAGGACGUCGAGAUCGUCGACAUGGCCUACCGCCUGA